AUGUCUAGCGAGCUCAUACCGGCGACCGUGCGGCGCCUGACCCCACAGCAGCGAGAGGGAGGUGAAACAUGGACUAGUGAGCGCAAAAGAAACUAUCCUACGGCGCGUAACAAGCAGGAGCGCGAGGAUGCACGACGACGCCUCCGAGAAUCUGGGGCAUACACGAGUCCUCCAGAGACAAACCGCUUCAAGCAGGGGUAUACCCAAAGGAUGGUCGAGCGUGGCAGGCGGUCUCAGGUGCUUCUUGUGGAGAAGCCUCCAUCCCUCAUGGACCGCCUCCUCUACGCAAGCAUCCACAGUACGGACUCCCUUGUGCUCGAGAUGUUGACCUUCAUCCGGGACAGCAACUGGCUCGAGGACGAGUAA